AUGAAGGGUGCAUCCCUGCUCAGCAGCCGGGACAUAGUUGGCCGUAAGGAAUGCCAUGGGUUACUCAGAAUAGCUAAACUUAGAAGGUCGGGGAGAAGAAUCUCUACCGGUCAUCGGUGGCUUUUGAAUGGUUGGAUUGCUGAGAAGAGGACUCCACAAUCACAAAGUCAAUGUUCGCACUACCCUUCAGGUGAUCGUCUCUGCAAUACCAAACAUGAAGUGAUGAUUCAUGCUUGGCAAGAUCAGGGCAUCACCUUAAUUGAGGAUUAUAAGAACCCGGUAAUCGAUCCAAAAAAACAAUAA